AAGCUUUGCAUCUCCUCCUCCCAUCAACCAUGGCAUGGGUUCCACAUCCAUGAGAGCGCGACCGAGAGAGUAGCGCCACCAGGAGUUCACCUCAUCAAGAAGAUGUGCCAUCCAAAAGUAAGCAUCGAUGAGUUCAUAUCCACACUCCCCCAGAGAAAAGGGUGGUCGCAACCACUCAUCCAGUACAAGAAUUUCUGGUUCAGAGGCCUGCCGCUGGAGCAGAUCCUGCUGGCCCAGGACGCCUUCGAAUCCUGUGCCGAUGACAUCAUCCUCGCCACGCAGCCCAAGUGCGGCACGACUUGGCUCAAGGCCCUUGCCUUCACCAUCGUCAACCGCUCUGGCUACAGCUUCGACGACCACCCCCUCCUCACUAACCACCCUCAGCGCGUCGUGCCAUUCAUCGAGAUCCCUGGUGUUGGCGGCGGUGGCGUGGAUCAUCAUGCACACAUCGAGACGCUUUCUUCCCCGAGGCUUCUCGCCACACACAUGCCGAUGUCGCUGCUCCCACUGGACAUCAGCUGCCGAGUCGUGUACGUGUGCCGGGAUCCCAAGGAUGCCCUGGUCUCAAGGUUGCACUUCGAGAACAGAAUCACCGAGGGUUCCAACCUGUCGAUGGAGAGUGCUUUCAGCAUGUUCUCCAAGGGCUUCUCAUCUUAUGGCCCCUUCUGGGACCACUGCCUCGAGUACUGGAAGGAGAGUCUAGCCAGGCCUAACAAUGUUCUCUUUUUGAAGUACGAAGAGAUCAAGUCAGAUCCGGUGCAAGUCGUGCGGAGGCUAGCAAAGUUCCUCGGCGUCCCACUGUCUCAAGAGGAGGAGAGCUCUGGUGUUGCCCAAGAGGUGGUCAGAUUGUGCAGCUUUGAGAUGCUUACUAGCCUACAAAUUAACCAGGUGGGUGGCAUUGAUCGUGGAAACAAAUGUUAUGUAGGUAAUUCUAUGUUUUUUAGAAAAGGAAAAGUUGGAGACUGGAGGAACCACAUGAGCCAGGAAAUGGGGGAAAAGUUAGACCGCAUCGUCCGAGAGAAGCUCCAGGGGUCAGGACUCACGUUUUGAGUCACGUUGAUUUUGUUAC